AUGACUGAUAAAUGCUACGUCUGUCAAAAAGAGUUUGAAGAUGAUGAGGAUCCAAUUGAGAUCAUGAAAGGCAAAUAUAUGGUUCACGAGGAUUGUUUCGUUUGCUCCCAGUGCAAAGCUCCACUCGACAAAUAUUUCAUGAAAGAAAAGAAGUUGAUGUGCAAGGAAUGCGCUUGCCCAAAAUGCAAGGAGUGCGGAAAAUCAAUCGAAGGGAAAAUCAUUCGUGUCGAUGAAGAUAGAUACCACCCCGACUGUUUCAAGUGCCCACUUUGCCACGCCGUCAUCGGUGCUAAAGACUAUAAAAUCAGAGACAAACAAGUCAUGUGCCUCGAGUGUGCUGCUAAGCCUGUCGAAAACUGA